AUGUCUUUCUCCGCUACUUCGUGCCUUGAAUGUUCUUUCUCCGGCUAUCCAAACACCGAUCAAACCCUCAUUGUUCGAUUUGGGUCUUGUAGCCGCCUGAUUUCCCAGUCUCCUUCUCCUGAAAUUAUUCCAGAUGUAAUUUUGGAACAGACCCCUUUCACUCUCAUAGGUGAGGCUCUGUUUUCUCUUUCUAAUCUGCGGUGUCCUCUACAACAACAAGAAUUACAGUAUCUGGUGAACGAGUUUCUGCGUUCCUUCAACCUCCGUUCCUCCGUCUGCCGAAUCAUAUCUCACAACAUUCUAUCCUUUGCCCAACAGUUCGACAUAAAUAACGAGUGGGUCAAAAUAGAAGCGAACGUCGAUCACAUAAAGGAGUAUUGGACGGAGGCUCCCCCUGAAUUAAACCCCAUCUCCACCGUCGGAGAGGAAGGUCUUUCACCGAGAGGGGCGUCGGAGUCGGCUAUCGAGAGAGUAAAGAAGCAAAAAUUAGAUUGGUUUAGUGAAGAAGAAGAAGAAGAAAUUGGAGACUGCUGCGUUUGCUGUGAAGAGAUGAAAAGAAAGGGAGAGGAGGUGAGAAGGAUUCCAUGCGGUCAUGUGUAUCACAAAUCGUGCAUCCUCAAAUGGCUUGAAAUUAGUAACUCGUGCCCAUUGUGUAGAGCAGCGUUAGAACCAUGA